AUGUCGCCUCCUUUUUUAACCGCCGAAAAGAACGUCCGAGAGAAACUGAAAAAGAUUAACCAAGUCAUCGACCGCGCUGAUGGAUUGUAUCACCAGAAAGCGGCGAGCGGGCGGGAUGUUAGCAUCCACGACGACGAGGAUAACAACAACAACUUCAACAAUCGUGGUACUGUUGGCAAUGGUGCCGAUUCGAGUAACGCGAGUCUCACCAAACUCCUUUCGCAGCCGAUGAAAAUGAAAGACGGGACGAUAGGCGCGCCAAUUUUCGUUUUAGCCACGUGUGCUGCGGAGGGAUUGGACAGUCAUACCGUGAGAGAUGUGUUUGAACGAUUGAUACGGUACGGCGCGUGGCGCGUCGCGUUGGACGAACACGGGACGUACCCGAGAGUGGCGAAAACGAUAUCGCCCGUCGCACUUCUGUGCUCGGUGUACGCGCCGCACGUUUUAAAGCAAGCGGUCGUUGAUAACGUCGAUCACGAUAAGAAAUACGACAGUUUGGACGGGAAAACCGUCGUCGCUGUGAGCACGGUAAAGGAGGAGAACCACGAGGAAGCUAAAGUGCACAAACAUACUCUCCAAAAUCUAAAUAAAGUGUUGGAGAUGUUUGUCGACGCGGGCGCAAAUGUGGACGAAACGUAUCAAAUUGAUCCGAGCGUAAGUAGUAUAUACACGCCUUCGCUUUCAUCCAGAGAUGGCGGAUCGCCAACGUCUUCGGCGUCGGCAUCUCCAAAGAAAGAUACGGAAGACUCGACGGAAUCGUUGUCGUCAUCCAACCAUCAAUACCAGCAGUACGCGUCGUACAAGUUUCCGUCAUGCGCGAUGCACUCAGGAACUAUUGGAAACUGUCUCUUCUUUCUAUCGAUAGCUAUUUCUUUCGGUUCUGAUAUUCAAGAAACGAUAGAAGCUUUACACAUCAUCACUCAACGAGGCUCGAAUAAGCAGUGCGAUCUCAACGUAAAGUGCUAUGUGCCAGAUCGGCCGUUUGAUUUUGAAUACGACGAAACGAAAUCGUUCCUAGACCUCGAACGCAGAGUUUGCCCUCGGACUCCUGCUGGAGAUUACAUUUCCAGUUUACAGUUCCUCGUCAUGUCCCUGGUUGAAAACGCUGCAUUUUCCGUGGAAAUUCGCGAUGGAAUUGCGUUGUUUUGCGUGCGUCUGAUUGACCUCGGUAGCGUGCUUGGUAUAGACGUCAACAACGAGUGCUCCUUUUACGCACAAAAUGAUUUGAGCAGAUUCGAGAUUAACAAUAAGCGUUUGGCGUUUGAUUUCAUCGAGUCUAAAGAAGAACUUGCGAGAGGUUCGGCAGGAAACGCGUGCAAUGCGUUGCAGCCGAAAGGCUCGCCUCUGUUUUUCACUGGAAUUGCACUUUUAGAAGGCUGCGGUACCCCGGCUUUGCGACUAGCAAAAAAACUUUUAGAGAAAGGAGCGAACCCGAAUUGUUUCGGUGAUUAUCCCAUGAUUGGUUCAAACACGCCUCUCGUCGCGUUGGCGCUGUAUUGUUCGUUAAAUCCAAGUGGUUGGGACGAACAGCACUGCAUACACUACGUAGAGAAACCAUGGUGGACUCUCUAUUACGAGGCGCCAAAGCCGACGCAUCAUGAAUCGAGAAGAUCCUCGGCUAUUCCGAACAAUAGCUACAAUGCAAACAACUCGGCGGAUGAUACGAGAGGACAUAUUCGUAAAAAUGACUCACAAGACUAUGAUGGCGAUGCGCAAGUGAUGAUCUCGGACCUUCGUGAUCAGCGUACCUCAUACAAGGAUACCAGGCAAAGAGAGCGCAACGACCAAGAAGAAGGAAACGUAAUGCACCAUCAACAACAAAAUUCUUCCCCGACGUCCUCACUCAACGGUACAAACGAUAGAUACGGGAUCGACGCGAUAAGCACGUUUGAUUACGCGGCGAGCGCAUUCGUUGAUCGAAUGCACGACUUUUUUAGAGAACCAAAGCGCGGUGAGCGCGCAUUGAAACACUCCAGUGAACUUUUCAAACUUUUGCUUGAUUACGGCGCGAGUCCAUCGACGGAGUGGCAGCGAGUGCCGCGUUUACAUAUCGACGAUAUCGAGAAACGCGAACACCGGGUGUCUACUCUUCUCUCAAUUGCUAUCGAAGAUAUGUUAAACUUUGUCGAGCACGGCAAGGGUACCGUAGAGUUGCUCAUAAAGAAGGGCGCGGAUAUAAAUAAGUGUGGUCUCGGUCCCUUUCCUGUUUUUUGCUCACCGUUUUUUGCUGCAUCAGCGGCAUUACGAUAUGGCCACCCCGAUGCGGAUUGGUUGUUUGAAACUAUCAUAAAAAGCAGUGCAAGCGCGAACGCCCUGGGCUAUUUUCCCGGUGGAUCACAAUCAACUGCAAUGAUAGAAUUAAUUCGCUGCGUUGGCGAGUCAAAAUCUAAAGUGCGCAGAGAAAACGUUUUUUCAAAGAUUGAAAGUCUCCUGAAAAUGGGUGCUGACGCGAAUCAGUCAUGUUUAGAUUGUUUUCUGAACACGACACCAACAGCAUACACCGAUAUCAUACAGUAUCGAGCUGGGUUGACUCCGGACGUCACUCCUCUUGACACUCCUCUUGAUACUCCCAAUUCCAUUAAUAUAAUAGAUAAUAGCGCGGUUAGCAAAACUUGUGUCGAAGAUGACGACGACGGUGACGACGACGACGACGACGAAGGAUACAGUUCAAAUGGUUACACUCGAUUUUACGAUCCUUACCAUGAAAUGUACUAUUACGUGGAUGAAGCGACAGGCGCGUCUGAUUGGAUGAAGCCGGAUGUUUUCGUCGAUCCGAAAGAACGAAAAAUCCGUCCCCCUCUGCAACCUCCACACGAUUCUGAUGAUAACGAUCCCGAACGGCACGGGGUGCCGUAUAUGGAUGAAUUGUCCGAAGAUUACGAUGAAGAUUCGUACGAUCAAGGCUAUAAAUCGAACGAUUGGGUCCGCUGGUACGAUGCUACAUAUGCAAGGUACUACUACUUCAACGAAAAGACAUACGAAGUUCAAUGGGCAAAACCUGAGGAUUUUAAUGAGUUGGAUGUAGCCAAAGUAACGAAGUCUCCGCUCGCAGCACGUGCUGUAUCCGAUGCGGACGUCGCCAGAAGUUUACGGGAAAAGAUGGAUCUGGAAGUAAAAGGGAAGGAAAACGCGACAAAAAUAGAUCACAAAGCGGCCGAGGCAAAGGAAAAGAAAAAGUCCGCUGACUCUGACGCAUCGAUGGAAACGAAGCGAGUUUCAUUGCAUUCGUUGCGAGUUGAUGCGGGUAAAUUAGCGGACACGAGAAACAGUGAAAACGUCUCAACAGAGGAAAGUGACGGCAAGAAAGGGGCUGUGCGAACAUCCGUCUCCUCGAACAAGUUCAAAUCGGCAUUUAAUAAGCAACAAAGGGAUGAAAUUUCGUUUGAUACGAAAGCUUCAGAGCCUUUAGUGAGCGAUACUGCAGAUGUUCUUCCGAAAACGAUCGAUCGGACAGGCGAGUGCACGUUUUCUCCGUUAUUCGUUGCAAUGGACUGUUUAGAAGGUGACGGUCAUCAAGUUGCGGCAAGAAUCAUACUUCUCCUCCUCGAUUUUGGCGCCGAUAUCGAAUACGAACAGGAGAGAAACUUAAGAAGCUGGUACGAGGGGUCGAUAAUCGCCAUCGCGAUUCAGAUCGCUAUUUCAUGCGGCAGUCCAAUCGAAUUGACGCAUCCGUCUGUUGGUGACGGUGACGGUGACGGUGACGGUGACGGUAAAAACGAUGGAAACAGUAAUAAGGAGAAUUUCCGCGGACAUCGCGUCAAAGAAAGACAACAAGAACCCGACAAUGACUCUUUCGAUGGUAACAAAGAAUUCACGCGCGGUAUCAUUCAACUCGAACAACAUAUUCCUACUUUGGAAACGAUAUCUGCUACUGAAGCCUCGGCCCAGGGUCACGGUGGUGUAAGUGACGGGUAUGGUAAUAAUAAUGAUUCCGAUUUCGAUAGUCGAGAGAUAACGUCUGAUUCCGUGCAACAGAACGAUGGUGUUAAAGUCGCUAUGGAUAUCGCCAGAGUGGGUAAGCUGAGGCGCAAGCAACUGGGGAUGACGGAAGAUACGCCCAGACACGACUCGUACGACAGAUUGAAGUCCCUCAGAGGUGACGCUGAAACUAUACCUGACACAAAAGAGGCAAGAACGACGGUAGUAGCUCAAACAGUAUACGAAUCUUCGAAGUUUCGUUAUGAUGCGGCAGAUCUGCACUUGGUGCAAGCCGAAAUCGCACGUGAACGCCUGCGUUUGAGAUACCCUCAGGAUGAAGAAAACCAAGUGCCGGAGGAAAAAAAGUCGUUUUGGAAAACAGUAGCCAAGGCGAUAGGUUUCGAAGAUUCGGAUGAUGAAGGUGAUGACGGUGAAGAUACGCUUAUGGUUGGCAUGUUCUUCGAUACCGUCUUCGGAUUCGACGAUGGUUUCGAAAAACAAUACAAAUUGAACACAUUUGAAGAGGAUCACGCGCGAGCGUCACUCGCGAGAAUACACUAUGGAAUUGACGAUCGCGGUUCAUUAAAAUCUUCCAGAAUAAAGAUGGAACAGUUUCGAAAAGCUCGGUUCGAAUCGGCAACAAAGGUUGCGAAGGCUCUCAUCGCGCGUUCAUCUGCGAGAGUUUUGAAUAGGCUCUGUCGCAAUCCACUUCUAGAGGAAUACGGUACUGAUUUGGUCCCGUUCGAGUUUACGCCUUUUUUCGCAGCCUGUUUUGGCGCGGCUACCGCAGAGAGCGACGAACAAGUUAAGUUAGGCAUAGAACUUGCUCGGGAUAUUCUCGCGAAAGGUGCAGACUGUACUGUUGUAGGUAGGCACGCGAAAGAUAAACCAUCCGAAGCAAAAGUGGCAGAUUACGCCAAGUCUAUCGAAGCUCGGACUGCCCCCUUUGUAUGGGCGGUGACGGCCUCUGCGAGAUGCCCCAAACCAGAAUUUGGAGGCUUAAAGCUCGUCAAGGACUGCUUAGCGAAAGGUGCCAAUCCCUUACUGUGCGAAUUGGAAACGACGCGAUAUCCAGAAGGUCGAGGAAUGACUAUUUCAAAUAAUCCAUCGAAAUUGCUCAAUUUAUGGGAUGAUAAGAAAUUCUUAGAAAACAUGCCGCCGAAACAACGCCGUGAAGCGGAGGCUUCGCGCAUUGAACUCGGACGUUUGUUAGGCGAGGCAUCAACGGUGAGAAGUGUUUUCACUAAAUCAAACGCACUUGCCAAAAAGAGCAUGGACGCAAUCAUUGCAGACGCCAAGAAAGAGUGCUUCCUCAACGGGAGAUGGGGCAUGAAAGGCGAGAAGAAUCACGGCGUAACGAGAAGGAACGACAACGACGAGAUUGAAGACAUUGCUACUAUUGAACAGUCUGCUCGCAAAACCACGCAAGCGCUCAUGCAAGCGCUCUCUCGAGACGAUUUGACGAGCGAAGAAGUAGCCGUCGCGAGUGACGAAGAAAAUAUUAUGAAAUUGAGCGAAGACUUAUCAAAACUCAACGCGUCUCUCAACAUCACGGCGAAUCAGACCAGAUCGUCGACAAUGCCGGUUCCUGGCAUGUCUCGAGCGGUCGAGGACGCGAAGUUUGAAAGCGGACAAAAAGAUAAGUUUGUGAUGGGUGAUAUUAUGAAACCUGUCUUGGGAGCACCGAAACGUUUCGCGCAAGUAGCCGUACUUGCUCGUGAGUCUUCUCUUCGUAAUAGAACUGGACGAAAGAAUAACUCUAAAACCACGCUGAAAGCACCGAUGUUUUCUGCCAUGUCGUCGUCUUUUGUAAAGAAAGAUGGUCUGCGUUACUCUUCAUCACCAUCAUUCCUCGGGAGUUUUCGACGCAAGAAAGAGUCUUCUGCAAAGAACGAGAAGACGGUAUCGUUUAAGUAA